AUGGCAGACAACCCAUUGGGCUCUGCUUUCAAAUCUUUCUGGCAUACUAUGACCAGUUAUGAUCGUCACUCUUCCUACGAUUCUCCCUACAGAACUGGCGGACAUGUUCCUCUCGCACAAAGUCGGCAUGAACCUUUGACAUCUGUUGCUACGACCGCUUCAGAAUCUCGCGCAGAUUUGAACUCCCCCUAUUUUGAAGAGUCCGGUCGACAAUCUACAUCUGCACUUAAUGGGAAUGCUUAUCCAGGUUCACCAUUCGCUCCUCCAGCAAGUCCAGGUCCACAAUCACCAUACUCACCAGGAAUGAGAUCUUCAACGAUUCAACGACAAUCUACACAAGAAAAUUUUGAGAAUGUUACACCAGGAGAAAUUCAAUUGCAAGCUUUCCAAGAAGGUCUUCCCCCACCACCACCAGUCGGACACUCCUGGAAGAGAAUCGAUAGAUGGGCCGAGGAAAACUAUGAAGAAUUAUGGGAUCAACUCUGCGAGGGUUGCACAAAUAAUGAUCUAAAUGAGUUGGAGCAUCAAUUGGAUUGUUCCCUUCCAAUGGAGGUUCGAGAGUCAAUGCAACUUCACGAUGGACAAGAACGUGGCGGUCUACCUACCGGAAUUAUCUUCAGCUCCAUGUUGCUUGAUUGCGAGGAAAUUGUACAAGAAUGGGAGAACUGGAAGACGGUCAACCAGGAAUAUCUUACAGAAUCUUCCACCUACAAACCUGCAAUGCCAGCAAAGGCAUUGGGUGGUAGUUCGUCUUCGUCGUCGAAGCAACCUGCAAACGCACAAAAUCCUUACUGGAGACAAGAUUUAUUGGCACGCCAGGACUCUCAACCUCCUAAUGCUAUUCAAAAAGUCUAUGCUCAUCCCGCUUGGAUUCCACUUGUUCGAGAUUGGGGUGGAAACAACUUGGCAGUUGAUUUGGCGCCAGGACCAGCUGGUAAAUGGGGUCAGGUUAUUCUAUUCGGUCGGGACUAUGACUGCAAAUACGUGGUAGCACGAUCAUGGUCCGCAUUCUUGGCUACUGUCGCAGAUGAUAUCAGCAGUGGUAAAUGCUUUGUGGAUGAAGAAACCAAUGAGCUAAAGUUGAGAGAAUUCAAGUCAGGAAAAGUUGAGCCUGGUUAUUUCGAUAUCUUGAGAUGGAGAAUGGAUCAAAAGUACGGUCGCAAAAACAUGCGAAGAAGAUCAGCGCCACCUGUUAACAAUAAUGGAGGAUCCCCCGCUGGAUCUCCUUACGCAAGCCCAGCUGCCGAGAUCGGUGAGCCACGCGGACGUUCUAUGCAACGUUUCUCUGGAGCUUCACCCAUUCCAAGUCCAAAUCGUCCUGGUUUUGGAAAGUCAAGUCCUCUAUCUAAAGUUGCUGAAGAAGGUUCUGGAUCAGGAACGAAAGUCAACACCAUAGACAUUCCCUCCACGAAACUCGUCGAUGUUCAAACCCCACGACCAAGUGAAGAGAACAAGCACUCCGAGCGACCAUUACUACAAUCCGAUUCACCUAACGAAAACAAAGAGAAUGAGAAGUCUGGUGAUAAGGUUACGGGGUUAGGAUUAGUAUCAGGAACUUCGGAGAAAGCAAUCCCUGCCGAUGAUGACUCUGCCAUGAAGACUAUCGAAAUCUAA